AGUAAAGGGGAAGCAACCAGCAAUUGUUUAUGCAAAGACCUUUGAUAACACACUUGCAGAAAGGACAGACAGAAAGGACUCAAAAUGGCGGUCAACUCAACGCAGACAGUCUUAUCAGGAAUCGAAAUCUUCAAUAUAUCCAUUUACUUUGUCGUCUUUGCUUUGGGUAUUGUUGGAAAUGGGCUCGUCAUAUAUGUGACCGGCUACAAAAUGAAGACGACCGUCAACUCCAUCUGGUUUCUCAACUUGGCAAUUGCAGACUUCAUCUUCAUCUUAAUCAUCAUCCUCUACAUUGUUAAUGGCUUUACCAAGGUUUGGGUCUUUGGUGACUUAAUGUGCAAGUUGGUGUCCUUCGUGACUGUGCUAAACAUGUUUGCCAGCAUUUUUUUGCUCACGGCUAUCAGUCUGGAUCGAUGUCUUUCCACCUGGGUGAUUGUUUGGGCUCAAAACAAACGCACUCUGGUCAAAGCCAGGAUCAUCUGUUCACUCAUGUGGGUUUUAUCCAUUGGCUGCAGCAUCCCGUUUGUUUUGUGCCGCUCAGUAGAGAAGGAUCACUGUGCCUAUGAUUGCCCUUUAAACAUCUUAAGGUCUCUGUUCAUAUACAGGUUUAUAGUGGGCUUUCUCGUCCCCUUCCUGAUCAUUGCAUCUUCAUACAUUGCUAUCGGAGUGCGAGCCAAACGCCUCAAAAGAGGAAAGAAGCUCAAACCUUUCCGUGUUAUUAUAGCUGUGAUCCUGGCCUUUUUCAUAUGCUGGUUUCCUUUGCAUGUUCAACAGCUUUCUCACAUAGUUGCUCAUAUAAAUGACUGGAGCGACAUUAUAUACAUAACCGAUGAAAUAGGACCAUUUGUUAACUGCCUGGUACAUCUCAACAGCUGUCUGAACCCCAUUCUCUACGUGUUCAUGUGUGAGGAGUUUAAGAUGAAGCUCAAACAGUCUCUGCUGCUGGUGCUGGAGACGGCUUUUGCAGAAGAACAUUUGCCUUUCCGAACAUCUCGCCCUUCCUCGUGUUCACGCCUCUCAGAAUCACAGGGGCUCAAGCAGAUGAAUGAAACGACCAUCUCAUCAUCCGGCAGCAGUCAGGACAACAAUACCACCGUUUAGAAAAUCAGUCUCAGAGAUAUUCCUUCCUUAUGUUGGAUUGAAGUGAUCAGAUAAAUCACAUUAACAAGCUCUCAACAUUUUUGCCUUGAUGCCUGCCAUCUCACACCAGAGGUUCAAAGCCAAUUUGUGUUAAAGACAAUUUGAAGUUUGUUUUAAAUGUUGCAAUUUGUGUGCCAUCAGUUUCAUCAAAAAAAAAAAAAAAAAGAUUAAGACUUCAUUGCUGACUUUCACAUGCCCUCAUUUUCCAUUGGCUGGACAAACUGAGAGCCCCGCCUCAAACUCAGACCAUUGGUCGGGUCAGUGUUGCUGUUUCUAGUUGGGUUGAAAAACUGUUUGCAUUGUUUAUGCUUUUUUGUGAAAUGAUUUAUUUUAUACAUGUCUUUGUUUAUUAAAACUGCUUUGUAGAAAUCUUUUAAGAUUGAAAAAUAUUUUCAGCACAUAUUUUUCUGUUUUAUAUAUUAUUUUCGUUAACAAUGUCUGACACAACCUUUUAGCUACAUUGUAAUACUGUCAAUUUAGUGCUAAUAUUCUGCCAUGUUUAAUUAAUCAACAUAAUAAGCUGUUUGAAACAUUAUGUAAUCUAUAGCCUUCCUUGUAUUUCUGUCUGACGUUUAUUAUGAGCAUAAAACACUGCAGUCACAACAUUCUAUCUCUCUCUCGAUCUCUCUCUCUAUCUCUCUUUCUAUCUAUCUAUCUAUCUAUCUAUCUAUCUAUCUAUCUAUCUAUCUACAUUUCAGUGACAUAUAAUAUGCAGUUAGAAACCUGGAAUUAGGUUCCUUGUGCAUGUUUACCAGCCCUGAGCCAUAAGCACUAUGUUACCAAGUCUGACAUGUGUUCAUUUAAUAAAAUCAACAAUGCAUUGAGCGA